AUGAAGGAGAAGCGAUCAGGAGCCGGCAACGACGCCGACGAGAGCCGAGCACGUGCAGGAGAAGAGGCGGACGACGAGAAGAAGGAAGAAGGAGGCGAAGAAAAGAAGGAAGGAGAAGAGAAGAAGGAAGGAGAAGAGAAGAAGGAGGGAGAAGAGAAGAAAGAAGGAGAAGAGAAGAAAGAAGGAGAAGAGAAGAAGGAAGGAGAAGAGAAGAAGGAAGGCGAAGAGAAGAAGGAAGGAGAGGAGAAGAAGGAAGGAGAGGAAAAGAAGGAAGGAGAAGAGAAGAAGGAGGGCGAAGAGAAAAAGGAGGCGAGUCUACAGAAGUCUACCAGCAAACAGGACGAGAUCAAAGCUGAAGGUUUGGAGAAGAAGGCUAAGGACACUCCAAAAGCUGAAGGAGAGAAGAAGGAUGAGGAAAAGAAGGAAGGCGAGAAACCGAAAGAAGGGGAUUCAAAGGGGAGCGGGGAAGGAAAAGAUGCCAGCAAGGUAGAUGAAAGCAAAGAAAGCGCAAGCAAAAGCAAAGAAGCAAAGACCGAAAAGACGAAGGCAAAACCGAUUGAGGGUAAACUUACCGGUUCCCUUAUGUUUGCCGUGUUCUCUGUUACACUUGGAUCAUUUCAAUUUGGCUAUCAUAUCGGAUGUAUUAACGCCCCCGGAGAGCUCAUCACAAAAUGGAUUGUCCAGUCGCAUAAAGAGCUAUUUGGUACAACUCUUGACAAAGAAAGCGCGGAUUUCGUGUGGAGCACCACUGUGUCAAUCUUUGCAGUAGGAGGUGCGAUUGGAGGAAUAACGAGCGGAGCAUUGGCUGACAAAGCAGGCCGACGUGGUGGUCUAUUAUACACAAAUGUUUUUGCAUUUGCUGCAGGAGCGUGUAUGGGAUGUGCUAAAAUGCUCGGAUUUUAUCCGCUGAUUAUAGUGGGACGGUUGUUGAUUGGAAUUUAUGCAGGUCUCUCCGUACUGGUUCCCAUGUACCUGACAGAAGUUUCGCCCACGAAUCUUCGUGGAAUGAUCGGUUCAUUACAUCAGUUGCUCAUCACCAUUUCUAUACUGUUUUCUCAGGUUGUCGGGUUACCACAGAUAUUUGGCACAGAAGACCGCUGGCCUAUUAUCCUCUCUUUCACCGUCAUAAUAGCGCUUCUACAAGUAAUCACGCUACCGAUGAUUCCGGAGUCUCCGAAAUACUUGAUCUGUAUGAAAAACGAAGUAGAAAAAGGUACAGCUGGUUUGCAAAAACUAAGAGGAGCAGAUGUGACCGCAGAGGUUGAGGCGCUGCGAGACGAAGCAGCGGCUACAAAAGGAGGCGGUGGUGAUCAUCCAUCAUUUGCGGACAUGUUUCGCGGUUCGCUGCGAUGGCCAAUGACUAUCGCAGCAAUGCUCAUGGUGGCACAGCAGCUUUCUGGUAUCAAUGCGGCCAUGUUCUAUUCGACAGUCAUUUUCAAGCAAGCAGGUCUUAGCGAUACCGGUGCGGUAUACGCCACAAUCAUUAUGGGAGCCGUAAAUGUGUUGACGACUAUUGUAUCUGUGUGGCUGGUCGAUCAUCCAAAAGCUGGUCGCAGAACUUUGCUUCUCGUUGGUGUUGUGGGGAUGUGGAUUUUUACAAUAUUGCUAGUCGUUUCUAUAUCAUUAUCAAUGGGUGGAGCACAAUGGGCGAGUUAUGGUGCUGUUGUGUUUGUCAAUCUGUUCGUUGUCUCAUUCGCUAUUGGCGCAGGAUCUAUUCCGUGGUUUUUCGUCUCUGAGAUAUUCUAUUCAAAUGCUCGUGGAAAUGCCAACGCAAUCGCUACAAUGACUAACUGGGCUGCUAACGUAGUUGUCGGCUUGACCUUUUUACCCAUCAAUAAUGUCAUUCAUCAAUACUCAUUCCUUGUUUUCACUGGCUUCUUAACAUUCUUCACCAUGAGAUCACGGCUGAACUCGAAAAAUAAAGACAUUACAGUGGAUCAAAUUACUGAUAGUUCGAAGAAUUUCGGGCGAGCCUUCUAUCCUAACAUCCCAAGUAUAGGUUUUUGCGCACAAUACACUCACGAGUCUGGUAUUCGACUCGUUCGAGUAACUAUGAAAUUGAUUCUCUGUUUCCACACUUGUGUAUGA